CCGGUCGGUUUACGCCCUUCUUUUCAGAUUCGUUUGUCAUUCAAAUCGAAAACGACGAAGGCGGAGAGAGAGCAAAACCUCGAAGGUCAAAGCGGAGGGCCAUGGCUCGUGGGCAGCAGAAGAUUCAGUCCCAGCAGAAGAACGCCAAGAAGGCAGCCGAGAAGAAGAAAUCUCAUGGCGCUGACCAGAAGACUGCUGCUAAAGCCGCUCUGGUCCACACCUGCCCGGUCUGCAGGACACAAAUGCCUGACCCUAAAACCUUCAAACAGCACUUUGAGAGCAAACAUCCCAAGUCUCCCAUGCCUCCUGAGCUGGCGGACGUUCAGGCAUAAAGGACCUUUUGAUGGACCUGAUACACAGUGACCACAGAUUAGAUGUUGAAUCACGGCACCAGGAGGACGUUGUUGAUUUCAGACACUGGGACCUGUCAGUAUUCAUGGACAGCGGUUUGGGAACAGAAGGAUGUGUGUAUGUGCUGUGUACGUACGUGUGUUUGUGUAAGAAAAAAAAAAAUAAGGAAGGGGCAGAAGUACACCAGCACCCCGUUUUUAUAUUUAUUAUGUACAACUACCUUGUAAUUCCAGACGGGAGGGAUGGAGGGUUUUCCAAGAAAGCAGAACCAGCAAGAUUGCCUGCUAUUGUUGAAUGGUGAAUUAUUGGCUGAAAAUGGGGAUUGUUACUAAAAUUACAACUGUGAAAAGUCAAUCAGGAGACCUGUUUGUCUGGCUAGCUGACUGUUGUAAACACUGUGUAGUCUGAAUACACGGCACAUUCUAGGCUCCUUCUGCAGAUGUGGUGACGUGUGUUAAAUCUCACAUUUUCCAUUGU